CCAAACCAGGAGACGAUCCUAGUGAGCAUUUCACGAUUGACCAUACCGAACUUGUCGCACAAGCGUAAGUAAAAUCUAUUCUACACAUAUUCCUGACCUUCUACUGACAAUCAUCAAGUGUCAAAGGAGAGGCAAUCACUGUCCUUGUCGGCAGCAGCGAAAAAACCUUCACCGUUCACAAGGACCUCAUCUGUGGUUUUUCCGAUUUCUUCGACAAAGCUUGUAAACGACCUUGGAAGGAAUCACAAGGAGUUGUUCAACUUCCGCAAGAAAGCCCCGGCAAUUUCGAGGUAUACGUCGAAUGGCUUUACACCGGUGGGAUUGUGCUGCCAAGCACUGUACAGUCCUGGAGCGCCCUCGUGGCAGCGUACAUCCUAGGUGGCAUACUGUUCGAUUUCCGGUACAAAAAUGCCGUGAUCAGCAAGAUGAUUUUAAACAUCGGUUUCAGCCAGAGGCUUGGACACGUAGCAUCUCUCAUAUGGGACAAUACACCUGAAUCAUCACCACUUCGGUCCCUUUACCUGGACUUUUGGAUCUUCACCGGAAGCUCGGGGUGGUUGCGCUACGAACCCAACUGCGAUAAAGAAGCUUCUGCGGAAUUCUGGAUUGCCUUGGCGGAACAACUUUCCUGGCCCUCGAACUUUCCCAACCUUCCACCUUCCACCUUCCACUCUCCCUGUCCGCAUCGCUCUGCCCUUACCAUCCUGUCAAGGAACACCACCUCACACAGCCUCACCCGAAUCGGAAGGCCCAAUGACGAGUACAGACUCCGGGGAGACAUCCUCAACGUUCUAAUUGGCACUGAGGCCGCACCGUUCAAAGUUUACAAGGACCUGAUAUGCGCCUCAUCUCCUUUCUUCCGCAAAGCCUGCCAGCCGCCCUGGAAGGAGGCGUCAGGUGUCUUACGCCUUUCCGACGACCAGCCCAAAAUCUUCGAAAUCUAUCUAGAGUGGCUUUACCUUGAUAACUGCCCCACACCUGACCAGGCCGCAGACCUGUUCGAGGCAUACUUCCUCGGCGACAAGCUCAUGGAUCUACCUUUCAAGAACGCGGUCAUUGAUACCAUCAUCAAUAAGGUCAUCAAGAAGUCUAUGACCCCAGACAGCAUGGCAUCCAGCGUGUACAAACGCACCAUGCCCAGCUCCGGUCUACGACGUCUGUUGGUCGAUUUCUACGUUUACGCAGCACCGUCUACUUGGUACACCUCGAAAAUUUCCGCAAAGGAUGUGGACACCGCCCCAAGGGACUUUUUUGUCGACAUCGCUCGCAAAUUUGUAGAGAUCAGACACAAGAAUGUUGGAGGAUUCAGGCCUUGGCAGAAAGAUAAAUGUCAGUAUCACGAACAUCCUGAAGGCGAACCACGGUGCGACAACAACAACAACAACAACAACAACAACAACAACAACAACUCAGACCAAGCUCAGCAAGCUAAAACGGACCUAUUCACCCCAAAGCCGCAGACAUGA